GAAGUUUACAAAGAAAAAAUCCUGGAGCACUUGCUAUGGCUUAUGCUAACGGUGUCGCAUAUUUGAACGGGUCGGCGAGCAGAGCUCACUCACCUGCUGGUGAACAGUUGGCGGUUAACCAAGCAGCAGCCGCAGCAGUCAUCCGCCAAAAUGAAGACGUAGUUAACGGACAUUUAUGUGAAAGAGCCCACACUGCCUCCUCCUCCUCCUCCUCGGAAUCGUUUUAUCGCACUAACGAUGUUAACGACACAAUGGCCAGAAUUCGGAACAGACAGAAAUCUACAAAGACAUCGGAGAAGACUGCAACCAUACUCGGCUCAGGAGAGAGCCCGACGCAUGUUUGUGCUGAAUUAAAGGCAGCAUCAGUUCAGUCCGAUUUGAACAGAAGUGAACAUAAUUACUGUUCAGUCUGUGCAGUCAGCACGUUAGACAGAGGAAACGACAUGUGUCAGGCCUGUUCUAUGCUUGGACACUAUCAGGCCUCCUAUGAAGGCAGACACCCCAGUCCUUACUUAAACUAUUUCCGUAAACUUUUGCCUAGCUGGCUGUUUGAACCAGAAUAUAUGAUGCAUGGUAAACCGAAGACAGACCAAGAUGCAAUUCACAGACAUACAGAUUCUUUAUUUAGUACUUCAAGUGGAUUCACGAACUAUCGAGGAUUGUUGAACUUGGCUCUUAUUCUUCUGGUUCUCUCCAACACUCGGCUAUUCCUUGAAAACCUUAUCAAGUAUGGGAUACUAAUUAACCCUUUUGUUUAUAUGGAAUGGUUCAUCGAUGAGCCUUACAACUGGCCUAAUGUGCUGCUGACAUUAUCAGUGUCAGUUUUUCCAUGCAUUUCUUUUGGGAUUGAGUGUGCCCUUGCCAAGGACUGGAUAUCAGACAAGACUGGAUUCUUUCUGCAUACCAUCAACAAUACAGUAUUGCUGGUAUACCCAGCUGUAAUUAUCUACAUCAAGCAUCCCAAUCCAGUUUUCUCAGCUUUCACUCUUGGCAUUGUCACCAUAGUGUUUUUAAAGAUGAUUUCUUAUGGUCAUGUCAACUACUGGUGCCGCCUUCACCUUCGAAAUGGUGGCAACAGGCUUAGCCGUCGACGCAAAACUGUUAGUGCAACUAAUGACACGCAUUCUGAUUCAGAGAAGACAAUUGAAGAAAAGAAUCUGGGCAGUGUAAUAGUUUAUCCUAAAAACCUAACUUUGAGUGAUUUGUGCUACUUCUUGUGCGCACCAACUCUGUGCUAUGAACUGAAUUUCCCUCGAUCAGCCAGAAUCCGAAAGAGAUUUCUUGCCAAAAGAAUGCUAGAAAUGCUCUUUUUGACCUCCUUAAUGCUGGGGUUAGUGCAACAGUGGAUUGUACCAACUGUCAACAACUCCUUGAAGCCACUUAGUGAGAUGGAUUUUUUCAGAGUCAUGGAGCGUCUUCUUAAACUUGCUGUGCCAAACCAUUUCAUCUGGCUCAUUUUCUUCUACUGUAUGUUUCACUCCAUGCUGAAUGUGUCAGCUGAGCUGCUUAGAUUUGGGGACAGGGAGUUUUACAAGGACUGGUGGAAUGCAGAAAAUGUAUCAGAGUUUUGGCAGAAUUGGAACAUUCCUGUUCACAGAUGGGCAUUAAGGCAUGUCUACAAGCCCCUUUUAAGAAGAGGUACCUCCAAGAUGGUGGCCUCCCUAGCAGUUUUUGUUCUCUCAGCAUUUUUUCAUGAGUACCUUGUGAGCAUUCCUUUGCGCAUGUUUAAGGUGUGGGCCUUCAUGGGGAUGGUGAUGCAGAUGCCACUGGCUUAUAUUUCCAGUAUGUUCUUUCGUGGAAAAUGGGGUAACAUCAUUGUGUGGUUUUCGUUGAUAUUGGGCCAGCCCAUCGCCAUCUUUGCAUACGUCCAUGACUACUACAUCAUGACAGUCACUGGUGGUGCCAGAGCCACAGCAUGAAGAGAUAACUAUUACUUCAGCACUAGCAGUGCAACAAAUAACAGUGAAUGCAGCUCACGUUUUUCAUCCUGUACUCCAAGCUCCCUCCCCACCCCUCCAUAGCAAUAGUUGACUUUAUUUCUUCUAAAACUAAAGAUUAUGAUUUCUGUAUUCAGUCCCUAAUACUAGAUAUGAAAAUUAAUAAAUCUGAGAAGCUUUUGUUUUUCCUUAAGAUGGGGUUUCCGGGAAGGAAGGGAGAAAAAUGGAUGGUUUAAGAAAGUGGAAACAAAAGAUGUCGGCAAAAGUGAAUGGCCUUGUCCGUAGCUUUAUAAGUGAGCUUAGGUGUAUGUGCAUGCAGGUGUGUGUAUGAGGGGAGAAUGUGAUUGCAGAAGAGGUUUGAUUUGGAUGUGUUUUGUGGUUUGCAUUUUUUCAGCAAAACUGUUGGUGGAUGCAUUUUUUUAUGUUCUCAAUGCACUCGUUUACCUCAGAUUGAUAAGUACUGUAGUUACUAUAGAUAGACUAGUUGUUGCCUUAAAAAUGAUCAAAAAUAUGCACAGCUGUGGUGUUAGCAUCUUAGGAACUAGAGUGGUCAGACUAGACUUGGUACUUUAGCAGUGGGCAGCCUAUUGCAGUAUAUUCAGAACUAUCUGAAUGUUUGAAAAUCAUUGCUACUCUGCUGUUCUCAUUAAGUUUCAGCAUUCAUUGCACUUACCACAUCUGUAAAGUGUCAGAAAAUCAGAUUGUUAUGGCUGCUUGGUUGUCAUUACUCAUAAUGUAGAAUUGGUUAUUCUUUAAUAUAUGGUAUAGGAAGAAGAAUUAUGCCACAAAGCUGGAUACAGUCUGCACAAGAUAGGGAUAUGUAUGUGAAAGAAAAAUGAAAUAGGAAUUAGGUUUUUCAACCCACAUUACAUCUUAGAUGACUUGGAAAGAUCACAUACAGAUAUCUAGGAUAAUGGUACUAAUACAGAGUAAUGACAACCAGCAAUGUGUAUGUGCCAAUUAAUUUUGGAGUCUGGCAUGGUACAUGAAAAAAAAGGCAUGAAUGGGAAUUAUGCUGCUAACUUUAUUUGAUGUUGUGUCCCGAUGGUGCACUUACAUCACCAAUGUGAUUUGUUUUGGUUCACAAGAGUGAACUAGAUCAUAUUCAAGAUACAGUAUGUUCCUGAAUAUUUUUUGCAAACCAGUAACACUGCUAACUCAAACCCAGGUCUUGCAGUAGAUCUGCAGGUAUCAGAGUGGAAGUCUCUAAGUAGCUUAGAAGGGUAUACGGAUGCUAACAACCAACAAAGCCAGUGAAGCUCUUGUGCUUAUUUUCCACUUUUGUGUAUUGUUAAUUUUGUUUUAAUAUUUACCAUUACCAAAACAAAAGAACAGAUUUUUGAGUUUUUAUUAAGGUAUAUCAAAGUAUAUUUUUAUUUGUUUAUAUUUGUAGAAGUAUUCCCUAUGUGAUUGGAUUUUUUUGUUGAUCCCCAAUAUGGCUGUCAUUUAUUACAGUAUCCUCAUGCCAUUUGUCCACUGUAUUUCAUUUGUAUAAAGCCUUGCUAUUAUUUGCAUAAAAUCAAUAUGUAACUAUCCUGUCCUGAUCUCAUGAUUGAUGCCAUUCUUUUGAAUGCCAACUGGCAUGGGAUGUACUGAAUCACCUUGCUGGAAUGUGGCAAAGUCUUUCAACUUUUUUUUUUUUUCCCCGAUCAGUGGUAUCUAAAUUUAGGGCUUUUAAACCCAGCCAUAGAGAUUAAAAUAUUGGACUUUCUUUGCGAACUCUGAUUUGUUCUGUACUUGUGCCUUAAUAUAUUUUCAAUCACUACUUUCAAGUAAGUUAUUUUACUAGCUUUAAUAAUGCUUCAUAGACAUUUGCAAAAUAUUGCAAGAUGGCAUCUGGAGGUAAACUGUUUCAUUUGAACUAGCUCUAGUACCAAAAUGAUUUGUUAAAAUAACUUUUAGUUUGUAUUAGGGAGUGCAUGUAUAUGGGUGAUAGAAACGACCUUUUUAAGGUUUUUUUUUUUUUUUAUUUUUGCUGAACCAAAAAAUACAUAUUUCUGCCAUAUUGCAAAGGUAUUGGCAAAACCUAUCACCAUAAGCCAAAUGUACUAUACUAAACCUCACCAUGAUAUACCUGUCAUUUUUACAUGUGCCAAGGGUUGUUUUUUUUUUCCUUAAAAGCAAUGUGUUAAAAUUUGAAGAUUAGAAAUUAUGUGGGAUUUAAAUUUUUAUCUUUGCUAAAAUUGAAGAGGCAAUUUUUUUAAAGCCAGGGACUUUUCUCAUUUGAAGUGUCUAACAGAAUGGAGUUAAGGUCAAAACAGGAAAGUAAUAAAAUGUGUUAAUGAGAUUCAUUUAGUUUGACAGUGGGCAGCUUUGAAAUUAGAGGCAAUAAUGCAGUCACUCCUAAUAAAAUGCAAUUGUGACAGUUCAGUUCCUUUUCUUUGUUGGUGGGUUCAUGUAGCAGAGAAGUUCAAGGGUUUUUUUUUUUCUUUUUGGAAUUUUGUAGUACCUUUCUAUUUUUGAUGUGAUAAAUGAGUACCCCCAUUUUCUGAUGUGAUAAAUUUGUAAAUCAAUAUUUUAUGUGCCAACAUUUAUUCUUGUAAAUAGCUAGAAAUGGUCAGUCACCAAGCUUCUGCAAAUUAUGUCUUUUACAACUCUAAGCAGUGUUUUAUGGGCAUUAACACACAACCUUUUUGCUCAAUUUUUCAUCUUUUGGCAGAACUUCUGACAGUAGCAGCAAUGAGGAUCAAUCUUUGGUUGCAGUUUGGUCGCUUCAGUCAGCAAAGUAGAACAUAAAGGAGCUAAGUAAUUACUCAUUAGGUAGACCAGUUGUUUUGCAGUGAGACUGGUGUAUGAUCGCAGCACUUUAUUUAGUGGUGGAUGCUAAAUGUUUCAAAGGCAUUAUUACCCUACUCCCCUCUUUUUUUCUUCAAAUAUCAGCAUACUGAAUCAGAUUUUAUUGCAGUGGCAUGCAGUGAGCUUAUGUCAUCAAUCCACUCCCUGAGACAGCCAGAACAUACAUUUUAAUAUUUUGUUUUGCAUUAGUCUGCAAGUGGUAGACUGUUUAUAGUAAUGUACAAGUUAUUUUUGCAUCUGUAUUAUGUGCCAUACAUUUUUUGAUUGUACAUAAAAAUGUAAUGGUUUUGGAUCUUUUCAUGAAGUUCAGUUGUGGUGCAUAAACUUUUUUAUUAAAGACAAAUAUAACAUGAAA